UAAAUAACCGUCUGAAUGAUGGAAACUUCAGAAGACAGAUCUGCUCGCAUUAAACAAUUCAAGGAAGAACUGGAGGAGCUCGAUCUAACCAACUGUCCUUGCGCCACAAAACUCAUAAAUGAAGAAAUAAAGCGGCUGGAGUCGGGUACCAUCAAACCACCCAAAUACGUGGAUAUUAUCACAGAUAAGCCACUGAAGUUAGAAGUCAGGGUACUCAUCCCCGUCAAUGAACAUCCAAAGUUCAACUUUGUCGGGAAGUUACUCGGCCCGAGGGGGAAUUCGUUGAAAAGAAUGCAAGAAAUGACGGGGACGCGGAUGUCCAUCUUAGGACGAGGAUCUCUGAGGGACAAGAAAAAGGAAGAUGAACUUCGUGAAGAAGGUGCCGAGAAGAACGCUCAUUUGAACGACGACCUCCAUGUCUUGAUUGAGGUCUUCGCUCCCGCCGCUGAUGCAUACAACAGGAUGGCCUAUGGAAUAUCUGAAGUCAGAAAAUAUCUCAUCCCAGACCCUAAUGAUGAAAUCCGGCAGAGCCAGCUGCGUGAGUUGGCCCUCAUCAGUGGCUCCUACACAGAAGUCCCUCCAGGCCCUGGGCGUGGCUUUGCUAACGUGGGGGGCGGUGGCUCAAGGGGCGGUAUUUCACCUCCUAGCCCUAUGGGACGAGGCGGAGGUGGAGCAGGCGGAGGUGGAGCAGGCGGUGGUGGGGGUGGACCACCCAAUAUGCCAAGCAGGUUCCCUGCUCCUCAGCAUCAACCCCCACAAGGACCUGGGAGGUCGUUCCCCGGACCCCCUGGUGGUGCUGGCACUUCGCCAAGUCCGUCAGUCAGAGGCGGACCUGGAGGAGGCCGAGGCGGCUACCAAGGAGGGUUUGGUAGGCAGCAACAACCGCCGCCUUCCGGGUUUAAUUCUGGUAGAAUGGGGCCACCGCCAGCAGCACAACAAGAGUAUAAUGAAGGCUACAGCCCUAGAGGAAGCGAUGGUUACAGCAGUUCUGGAGGUUCUGCAGGAUAUCAAGGUAUGGGAUCAGAUAACAACUUUGGCCCGUCUGGAUAUGGUGGGGGCGCUAACAACGGACAGAGUUGGGGCGAUUCAGGGGCGCGCAUGAAGGCACCGUCACCUUUUGCUCCACAUAAAGAUGACAGUCACAGCACGUCUGACUUACUAAGCGACUCCUCACUUGAAACGAGAUGGAUGUUAAUCUAUGCGUCUUCAAAGCAAGGUCAUCUUGCAUUUGUCACUCCAAGAGACCUCUCAACGAAAGAGAGAGAUGUCUGGGAGUUGUUCUUUAAGAGCAGACUUCCGUAAAAGCAGCUGAAUUCGAGAGAAAAAAAUUGUGCAGGUGAAACCUUACAGUCCCUCAUGGUAUCUCAUUGGUCUUUAUUUUUUUUUUAUACACGUCUGUUUUAUGUCCAAAACCAUUUAAUGGUGUUUAUAAUUUUCUUUUUUUAUAAGGGAUUGAAUAUUCAGAGAUCAGAUUUGUUGGGGCGCAUACCUAUGUUCCCCAAUACCUAUGUUCCCCAAUACUGAUGUUCCCCAAACCUAACCCUAACCUAACCCUAAUCCUAAGGAUUUCGGGGAACAUCGGUAUUGGGAAACAUAGGUAUUGGGGAACAUCGGGUAGACCCCGACUUGUUGAGAAUGUAGCAAGUGAAAUGCAGAAGCAGUGGUGUGUCCAACAUGGGUGAUU